AUGUCCUCCAUCAAUUCGUCACUGUCCCUCUCAUCCCUGCGACCCGCCCUUCCAAUCUUCACCGGACUCCUGGGCGUUGUAGCACUUGGCGGAGGCGCCUACAAUUUUGUCUCGCCGCUGGAAGGGGCCAAAGGGUUCGGUCUCCUGGCGCCGGCAAAGGAUGCCGCACACGCAGAUGCAUUUCAAGAGGCUUACAUCCGUGUCCAUGGGAUCCGCAACAUUGGCACAGGACUGUCGACCCUGACUCUGGUCCUGAUGUGGCAGUUCUCGGACCUGUGCCGUACCUCCCCGAUUGCAGCGCUUGCGGUCAAACGGUGCAUGGGAAUCAGUCUGGUUCUUGGUACGACUGUUGGGUUGGGUGAUGCUUGGAUACUGAAGCAGUAUGCAGAAAGUCCCGGAGUUGGACAGGAGGCAGUCGCGUUGGCUCGAGGCAAAAGUACGGCCCAUGCAGUAACAGCAUUGGUGAUCGCCUCAGUGGGUCUCGGGUGGUUGAUGGUGUGA